UUUGAACUUAGGGUGAUUGCUGAUUAGGUUAGUGGGAGCAUUCUACAGGGCCUUCUUUGCAUGCUAGGCUAAGGGUUGUGUCUGUUGAACCUGAAUUUUAGGUGGAACUAUUUGCUCCAUUAGACCAUAACCGAGUUUGGUACAGUACUCCAUAUACAUCUUUGAAGUCAACAUUCAUUGCAAUACCCGAAAGUCAGAGUUUUAGUGUCUUCAGUUUUCCUCUUGAUCCUUUUUAGUAUCCAUAAUUGGCGUGGACCAGAACAAGUUUUCUUCUCAGAAAGUGCCACAAUUUCGUCCACUUAAUUGUGACCUUUCCUUUGACUUGUUAAACCUUACAUUAUUCAUUUGUAGGCACACCUUAUCUCCAACUAGUUUUUCUCCAACAUGUCAACACCCUAGAUGGGUCAGUUUGCUCCACAGCUACUUCACAGCAUUAAUACCUGAAUGUCCUCCAAUGUCCAAUCUUGAAGCACUCCUUCGUUGGCAGUUGUAGGGUAUGUCCCUGCUCGUUCCUUUCCCUACAUAUGUUGUAUAGUUGAAUGGCAGGACCAUGUGAACAUCUCGUGGACUAUGUCUUAAGCUUGGUUUUUGGCCAACUAAGUCAAAUUUGUGAAGUUAGGUGUUAGAGAGUGGUAUAAGAUCCACGAUUGAACCUCUCCCAACAACUCGAGUUAUUGGGAUCAACUGGUUCUUGACAUGGUAUCAGAGCCUAGAACCGAAAGGUCAUGUGUUCGAAUCUCCACGACCCCCAACAUUAACCGUUGUCUUUCAAGCACAUGGUAUGGUGGGCCUGUGCAAACUUCAAGCCCAUGGGUUGACUUUCGUUUGAGGGGGCGUGUUAGAUCGUGGUAUAAGAUCCACGAUUGAACCUCUCCCAACAACUCGAGUUAUUGGGAUCAACUGGUUCUUGACAUUAGGAACCCACAUAUUUAUAUAUAGCUCUCUUGAUAAACUUGGCUCAACACCAACUCGAAACAACUGAAAGCAAGACACCAAAAAAUCUCCUGCUAAUACCUUUCUCCAUAUUUUCUUCUUCUCAGAUUCAUCAUCAGAGAAAAGCCAUGGCUAUCGGCUUGCCCGGAAAUCUCGCCAAGCAAAUUCUCCGACGAUCUGGGUCCAGCUCAAGCAAGUCAGCCUCGAAAAGGUUCCCGGAUAUGCCGAAAGGUUUCUUGGCAGUCUACAUAGGAGAGACGCAGCGGAAGAGAUUCGUUGUGCCGCUAUCCUACUUGAGCCAGCCUUCAUUUCAGGACUUGCUAGCCAUGGCAGAAGAGGAGUUUGGGUUCGAUCAUCCGAUGGGGGGGUUAACGAUUCCCUGCAGUGAAGAGACUUUCAUUCAUGUAACUUCAACCUUGACCAGAUCUUGAACAGCAGGAGCUGCUAUACGAUGAUGCAGUGGCGAUUGACUUCAUUCUUUGAUACACCAAGGACACCAGUCUUUUUCUAGUGUAGAUGAAAUGACAUUUUCCCCCCUUCUUUUCCCUUCUCUGUUUUUGAGCUGGAAAGCUUUGUGAGAAGGAUACCAACAAUAGUCUCUCCAUGUAUGAAUGAGAAAUUCUGUACAUUAAUUGAGAAGUUAAAUCUGUUUUGCCCCAUUCUCAUUUGCUGAGUUCCUCCGGCGGCUAUGAAGCUCUAUCAAACACAAGUACACAACCACAGUGCAAACACAGAUAGGACUAUCAAUGAUUUAUAUGUCCAGAUCAAAGAAGCGACUUGAUGGUUCGUAUAAUCAGCAACAAAGUUAGCCUCAAGAUAAACGUCUUAAUGGAGAUGUGUGUUCCAUAGGACAUACAGAAGCUGCCAUAUGGUAAGUUGUAUCUAUCAAGUAAUGAGUGUAACCGAGGAAUCCAUCUAUCAAGUAAUUUUUCUGAAACAAAUCUAAGAAGAUAGCCUGAAACCAUGCAAAACUAUCACCAAUUCAGCUCCCAAUUCGCGACGAGGACCCUAAUGAAACGGCCUAUUCCUCCCUAAACAAUGCCACCACAAUGCUUCACCGAGGAAGAGUGAAGGUAAUGUGUAAAAAGUGGAUGUAGCCAACCUAAUGCAUUGAAAUAUCAUUCUGAAUGUUUCCAAUACAUAACUGAGUACAUGCCGUAACGGGAUACUCAAAGAAACAGGUACAAAAUACCAAGUACUCCAAAGUCAUUUUCAUUGUCAUACCAGAAUACCAGAAUGCGAAGUUUCCUUGCCUUCGUCCUUCCACUUGUUCUUUAGCCUCCUUAAUUGGCUUGGACCACCAAGCCAAGUGUUCUUCUUUCUUCGAAGCAUCUGCCGGCUAAUGUUGGAUGCCAAUAGUUUCUUCCUCUUAAAUGCCUCUUUGAUUAGUUGAACUCUUCCGUCUUCAUUAGCAGACACGACUUAUCGCCCAACUAGUUGUCUAAGCCAUGUCCAGACCAGAAAAUGGGACGGUUAGCUGCACAGCUAAUCCACAGCAUUAAUGCCUGAAUGUCCCCACAACUAGGGCCCAAUCUUUAAGCCCUUCACCAUUGGCUUACCCUCCAGUUGUAGGGUACGUCUCCCCUACGCUCUCUUCCCUACAUAUGUUGUAGGGUGGUAUGGCAGGACCAUGUGAUAUGCCAUGGACCAUGUCUCAAGCCAACCCAGUCAAAUUUGUGAAGCAGCCAUCUAUAUAAACAUCUGCAUAUUCUUAGCUCAGAACCAUCUCCAACCAAGAAGCAGAUAACAAAGAGUCUCAAAUUCCCUGCUUACACCUUUCUCAUCAUCUUUUCUUGUGCUCAGAUUCAUCAACAGAAAGAGAAAUGGCUAUCAGUUUGCCAGGAAAUCUCGCCAAGCAAAUUCUCCGACGAUCUGGGUCUGGCUCAAGCAAAUCAGCCUCAACAAGGUUUCCAGAUGUGCCGAAAGGUUUCUUGGCAGUCUAUGUUGGAGAGACUCAGAGGAAGAGAUUCAUUGUGCCAGUAUCUUACUUAAGCCAUGAAUCGUUUCUGGACUUGCUGACCAUGGCAGAAGAAGAGUUCGGGUUUGAUCAUCCUAUGGGCGGGUUAACAAUUCCCUGCAGUGAAGAAAUUUUCGUUCAUGUCACUUCAGCCUUGACCAGAUCUUAAACAGCAAGAGUUAAAUCAUAACGAUGCAAUGGAGAUCAAUGACUAAACUGUGUAAAUGAAAUGACUAUUUGUUUUUUUGUUAGUUUUUUUUAUCCUUCUCUAGUUUUUUAGCUGGAAAAAGCUUUUAUGAGAAGGAUAUGAAUAGAAAGAUGUGUAUGAA